AUGUCCAGACGACAUAUAUCCCAAAGUGACAUGUCUGUUAAGACUAAAAGACGAAGGAUAGAGUGUGGCAUGUCUGAUGAAGAAUCCGAGAAUGAAAACCAAAAUAACCAUUCAGACUCACAAGGAUCCAUUGUUGAGAGCUCUCUAGUUGAAUCAUCGCUGCUGUCAGUUGAAAAGUCACAGCCAUUAGUUGGAGUGAUCACACGUGUUAGCAUGAAUAAUUUUAUGUGCCACAGCCGUUUGGAGGUGAGCCUUGGCAGCCAUGUCAAUUUCAUCGUGGGAAGAAAUGGAA